AUGAAUCCCUUUGAGUCUGUAAAGAGUGGAUAUGUAGACCCAGAUGUUCUAUCGUGUUUUUCACUAGUCCAGAAGAAAGACGUAAACACGCGGUGCAAAGCACUGCAGCGGAUUGUAAACAGUCUGGACACGCUGUCAGCCGAUUGUGUUGCACAGUGUCUCUAUGACACAAUGCCUGUUCUAUGCAAAAAUGCACAGGAGCCAAUUCCAACGUAUGUGUCAACGAUUUUUCUGUCUAUUCUGAAAAACAGCUCUCGGCCGCUCCAGAACAGCAGUGCCAGCCACUGGGUGCAUAUGUUUCUUGACCACCCGCACAAGGUUGGAUACAAAGUGAUCAAGCACCUCAGCAAAAGCCAGGCCCUUGUGCCGCUUCUUGCCUUCUAUAACAGAACAGCGUGUGUUGAGAUGUAUAUAAAAAGCAAACUUGUUGAGAGCGCAGUCGAGAAGACUGUAGAUGUGAGCAUAGAAAUGAUUAAAAAAGCCAAAACAGGCUCGGAGAUAGGCAGACUUGCGAAGCUGCUGUGCUCUCUAGAAGAAAAGCAGCAGCUGAGCAGUGAAAUAAAAGAAGCUGCGCUAUGCGCUGCAUCUGCUGCACAAGGAGCUCCAGAGAGAUGGAAAGUGUUUGCAGCAGUUAAUGCUGGAUACACUGUGAAGGAUGUGAUAAAAGACAGCUCUAAGAUGGAAGACGAGGCCUUUCUGGCGAUUGUUUCCUCAGAGCGGUUUAGAAAGGAAGUGAGCGAAUAUGGUCCUGCUCUUUUUGUGGAGGGCUGCGCAAAUCUACCUGCUAUUCUCUUUUCUGUUCUUCUUGAGAUAACAAACAACAGAAAGCUGAUUCUCAAAAAGAUGUUCCAGAGCAACACUUCUGGCUUCGAGCAUAUAAAGAUAGAGAAGAGUGAUUUUCCAUAUCUGAAUACUAUAGACUGCUAUAACCGAGUGAACGAAGCUCUGCAGGCACACCCUAUACAUAGCACAAAGGUAUACGAAGAGCUCACAUUCAGAGAGCGCAUUAUUCGAGCCGACAUGGCUGGGGAAAAAAUAGAAGACAUUAGCAGAGAAAUGAUAUCCCAAAUAAGCAUUGGAUUUCUUAAGAAGGAGGGCAUCUUUGAGGAGGGCGUGCGGGUUCUUCCGCGGUUUUUCUUCAAGGAUCAGGAAGAGCUGGGAAAGGAAGAGCAUAUAUAUGUGGCUACCGAGCACCCUUCGCUUACCACUCGCCAAACUAUAGAUCUUAUGUUUAAGUACAAGCUCUUUAUUGAAAAGAUACUGAGAGGUCUGCCUGAUGAUCUGAUGGUGUAUCUUAUGAGCAAGAUUGAGAGCGAGCCUAUGGAUGUGAUUCAGGAGGUAUAUGAGCUUGUGCGGGAUAAAAUAGAGCAAAAGUACGCAAUGAAGCUGCUGGGCCGCAUAUACACCACAGCCCCCUAUACCAAGGAGGACUUUACUAAGAAGUUUGUGCUAACUGAGGACAUAGAGGAGAGCUAUCUUAUAUACCUUAUAGAAAAAGAGGCAAUUGACGAAAACAGCGUGUAUGAGUACAUUAUACAGGACGCAAAUAGAAAUGCAGCAGGAACAAAUGACAUAUCUGAUGAAUGCAUUGAGCUCACUGAAGUCAUAGAGGGCGCAGAGACAAAGCAGCCCUGCAGUGCAUAUCUCUUUGUGCAUGCGUUCUCUAAGUGGAAGAGUACUCUUACACGGCUUAAAAAUGCAAAGCUAUCUGGCUUCUUGCAAAGCAUUCUUGAAAUACAAAGCAUCCUGCCAGCAGCAGCAGAGAUUGAAGAGAGCUUUGGAAGCAUCCGCGUGGAUGGCCUUGUUGGAAGGGUUGUUGAUGCAAUGCGGUUUUGGAAGGAUGUCUCACAAAAAAGAGUUCCAUCACAAAUAGCCACUCUAAUAAGCCAAGCCGAAGAGGACACAACAGAGCCUUCUACUGAGAAGAGCGCACUGGCCAAGGACAUUAUUGAGGCAUAUGUGCAGACUCUCUUUGGAAAUACCGUUGAAAGUAAUGUGGAGGACAAGCUGGCAGAUGUUACGCUAGACAGUCUGCCAAGCAGAAAUAGAGGUGCGUUGGUCUAUUUGCUUCUGCGAAUUGAAAAAAGCACAGGGAAAGAGACACUCAAUCUCAGCUUUAAAGAAGCACAGCGCAUUCACUGCAGAGUUCUGUCCCUUGCCAUACAGAAUAGCACUUCUUUCCAGGGAAUUGAAGACAUAGACUUUUCUCUUGUAAACCAAGAAGAUCUUCGCCAUAUGCAGCCGUAUCUGGAGAGACAUCCAGAGAAAGCAGCAGUGUACAUUAAGAGCGACCGUGCGUGGGCUGGAGAAGCAGGAGAGCACAGAAGUGAGGCCUACCGCCCAAUUCUCAAAAGCAUUGCCAAGCACUACGCAAACUCUGUUCUUAAUGUGUACAGUAUGUCAAAGGUGGAGGAGGGUGCGAUUGAUGCAGAGAUAUUCUACAUGCUUUUUGACAUACCAGCAAUAGGUAAUAUAAAGAACAUGGAUGCAUACGAGUGGCGUCUUUUCCUAUCUAUCUGCAGCGAGAUUCGAACUAUUGAGCUGUCCUCUUUGAUAUCUGCCAUGGUGCGCGCGGAGUGCAAGUGGCUCUCCUUUUUAAUCUCAAGCGAGGCAAACGCGCUUGAUCUUCUUGGACUUUUUGCCAGAAGCUUCCCUGUACUUCUUCGACUCUUCUUCAAAAGCAGCAGAAAUACGAAGCGGGUUCAGAGAUACUUUGUGCAGAACGUAACCCCAAGGCUGAUCCGGGACGAGGCCAGCCGUCCUUUGCAGGGAGUGGAGAUUAGAAUGAAGACAAUAGCAGAGAUCCACAUCAUGGUUGUUGUAUACAAGAUAGAGGAGUCUGAGCUUGAGGUGAACAUCAACUUCCCAAAGGACUAUCCGCUAAGCAUACCAGAAGUAAAAAUUAUUCGAUGCGUGGGAGUAAAAAAGCAGAGGCUACAGAGACUUCUUUUGAGGAUCCAGAUGCUGAUGGCAGAGCACUGCAGAGUGGGAGAGGCCUUGGUCCUCUGGAAGCUUGCGCUGGACAAGGCGGUGGAUGAGGUUGAAGAGUGCGGCAUCUGCUUCUUUAUGGUGAACGAGGUGUCAAAGAGCUUCCCAGAUACAACAUGCUCAAAGUGCAGUAACCAGUUCCACGGCCUUUGCCUGAAAACCUGGCUGCAGAGAAGCAAGAACCAGUGCCCUAUUUGCAGAGAGGAAAUCUCAUCUUAA